AUGUUGCCCUCGUAUGCAUCGUCCGGUGCUUCCAAGGUGAUGCCCCGGCAUACCUCUGGGGCCGCCUAUGCCAACGGAUAUCCUCGGGGGAACACCUUCGACAUCUCCCCCCACAGAUUUCAACCUCGAGCCUCGACUCCAGCUACUCGUCGCAGACGAAAACUUCUGCUACGGCUUGGCCUAGUAGCCGCCGUCGCAGCCUUGUUCGGCCUCUUCGUUUGGCCCGGCAGCGGCACAUUUGUUUCAAUAUUUUCCCUGGGACUCCUAAGCAGUAAUGAGGACGUCUUGCUGGAUACGGUACGGUACUACGAUCUGUCGAAUGUACAGGGAACCGCGCGCGGAUGGGAGCGGGAAGAACGCAUUCUACUAUGUGUGCCGCUGAGAGAUGCCGAAGCGCACCUGAACAUGAUGUUCUCACACUUGCGCAACUUCACCUAUCCGCAUCAUCUCAUCGACCUUGCCUUCCUGGUUUCGGACUCCAAGGAUCGUACUCUGGAAAUCCUGGUCGAAAAGUUGGAGGAUCUGCAGGCUGAUGAUGACCCAAAGAUGCCCUACGGUGAAAUCCAGCUCAUUGAGAAGGAUUUCGGUCAGAAGGUCAACCAAGAUGUCGAGAGCCGUCACGGAUUUGCUGCUCAGGCAAGCAGGAGAAAGCUGAUGGCACAAGCCCGGAAUUGGCUGUUGAGUGCCGCUCUCCGCCCGUAUCACUCGUGGGUCUAUUGGCGAGACGUUGAUGUUGAGACGGCACCGUUCACUAUCCUGGAAGAUCUGAUGCGCCACAACAAAGACGUCAUCGUACCAAACGUCUGGCGUCCUCUUCCUGACUGGCUGGGUGGCGAGCAACCAUAUGACUUGAACUCGUGGCAGGAGUCCGAAACAGCACUCGCUCUUGCAGACACCCUCGACGAAGAUGCUGUCAUUGUCGAGGGAUAUGCCGAGUAUGCCACCUGGCGACCCCAUUUGGCCUACCUCCGGGACCCAUACGGCGACCCUGAUAUGGAGAUGGACAUUGAUGGUGUCGGCGGCGUGAGUAUCCUCGCAAAGGCUCGAGUGUUCCGCUCUGGUGUCCAUUUCCCAGCCUUCAGUUUCGAAAAGCACGCCGAGACGGAAGGUUUUGGAAAGAUGGCGAAACGCAUGCAAUACUCGGUCGUCGGCUUGCCGCACUACACCAUUUGGCACUUGUACGAGCCAAGCGUAGAUGAUAUUAAACACAUGGAGGAGAUGGAAGAGGAGAGGAAACAGAAGGAGAAGGAGGAAAAGGAGAAAGAGGAGCGCGAGAAGAAAGCCAAGGAGGCCUUCAGCGAUAGUAGCAGUCAGUGGGAGAAGGACAAGGCCGAUAUGAAAGGUCUUGAAGGCCAGGAGGGUGGAAAAAGUACGAGCCCUUCUGAAAAGUCGAAGAAGACGUCCGAGGACGGUGACAAGGAAACGAGCGAGCAGACCGAGGCGAAAUCAAAGGGUGGCAAGAGCAAGCCGAAGAAGGCUGAAUCGUGA